AAAAUCAUCAAAUUGGUGACAGACAGGAGAGGAGAGGAGACUUGAAGGAAGGUGAAUCGGCAAGCAAGAUUCGCCGUAGCUUCCUCCACCUCUUCUUCUUCUGUUGUUGGCUGGGUAUAAAACGAACCGAAUAGACGACACCGUUUCACUGCAAACCUUCCACCAAACCAAACCCCUCUCUCGUUGUUCAGCUGCUGCAACAAUGGCGUCCUUCAAUCUCUCUUACUCUUCCCUCUCAUGCCCACGGGCAUGCAAACCCUUCAACUUAUCCAGUGAGGUGCCUUUUGUAAGACUGAAUUGUAAAUUUCCCUUAAGUGACAAUGUUGUUUAUAGAACUAAAGCUACAUUGGUCUCUGCUGGAGGUGGCCUAGUUUCUCAUCCAGAUACCAAUAAUGUUGUCAUAGCUAAAAAUCUGCCUGGUGAUGAAUCUGUUGGCUUUGAGGACCAACCUAAUGGAACACUCGCGGAAGACACCGGGCUAACAGGCAAUUUCUCUGAUGAUGAACAUGAUGACUUGGACAGCCCCACACCAGGUUUUGCUUCUAUCCCUGAGGCCAUUGAAGACAUUCGCCAGGGAAAGAUGGUACUGGUUGUAGAUGAUGAAGAUAGAGAAAAUGAAGGAGACUUGAUCAUGGCUGCACAGUUGGCUACACCCCAGGCUAUGGCUUUUAUUGUAAAGUAUGGAACUGGCAUAGUUUGUGUUAGCAUGAAAGAGGAAGAUCUCGAUAGAUUGGAACUUCCUUUGAUGGUAGACAGUAAGGCCAAUGCUGAGAAACUUUCUACAGCAUUUACUGUGACAGUGGAUGCUAAGCAUGGUACCACCACAGGGGUGUCAGCUCAAGAUAGGGCAACAACUGUCUUGGCUCUUGCAUCUAGAGAUUCAACCCCAGGUGAUUUCAACCGCCCAGGCCAUAUUUUCCCACUAAAAUACAGGGAAGGUGGUGUCUUGAAGAGAGCUGGACAUACAGAAGCUUCAGUUGAUCUUGCCAUGCUUGCUGGUUUGGAUCCAGUGGCAGUACUGUGUGAAGUUGUAGAUGAUGAUGGUUCCAUGGCUAGAUUGCCAAAGCUUCGCCAGUUUGCUGAGCUUGAAAAUUUGAAAAUUGUGUCUAUUGCUGACUUAAUAAGGUAUAGAAGAAAGAGAGAUAAAUUAGUUGAUCGCUCUUCAGCUGCAAGAAUACCGACAAUGUGGGGACCAUUUACAGCUUACUGUUAUAAAUCACUUAUAGACGGAAUGGAGCAUAUUGCAAUGGUUAAGGGUGACAUUGGAGAUGGACAGGAUGUUCUUGUGAGGGUACACUCGGAGUGUCUGACAGGAGACAUAUUUGGAUCUGCCAGAUGUGACUGUGGAGGUCAGCUUGCACUCGCAAUGCAACAGAUUGAGGCCGCUGGUAGGGGUGUACUGGUAUAUCUCCGUGGACAUGAAGGGAGAGGUAUUGGAUUGGGCCACAAGCUUCGUGCCUAUAACCUGCAAGAUGAUGGACGAGAUACUGUAGAAGCUAAUGAAGAGUUGGGAUUGCCUGUUGACUCCAGGGAAUACGGCAUUGGUGCACAGAUAUUGAGGGACUUGGGUGUUCGGUCUAUGAAGCUGAUGACAAACAAUCCAUCAAAGUAUGGUGGGCUCAAAGGCUAUGGCUUGACAGUUUCCGGCAGGAUUCCGUUGUUAACUCUUAUCACUUCAGAGAACAAGAGAUAUUUGGAGACGAAACGUGUGAAAAUGGGCCACGUAUAUGGCAAAGAAUUCAACGGCCUAUUGACACCUGAUGGCAGUGACAAUGGCAAAUGCCAGUAGAGUUGAUGAUUCUAAUGCUGUUACCGGCUUAUGAACCUGCUUUUGUUGUUCUAUUAGAUACACAGUUUUGUGCAGAUGCAGCUAAAGUUAAAGUGCAUCUCUACAGUGCAGAUGAAUCCAAAUAGUGACAGAAACCGUGAUUUUAUUUGUUAAUUGGUUGUUUAAUUGAUUUACCUGAUUUUCUUCAGAAAGACACUAUUAAAUUAUAGGCAUCUCCAAUCAUCACUCUUCUGCAACUUGAUGUCGUGCAUUAUAGAUAAGGGUAGUGUUUACAAAUUUCAGGUUUUAUUGUCUUUAUUGGUGACUUUUCUUGAGGUUCAUCAGAAUAGAUACUCCUAAUUUAUCCAUUCUUUCUGGUCUGAUGAUAACUCAUGACAGUUGUCUCUAUAAUAGACAUUCCUAAUGUUCUGUAACUCUCCAAUAAAUAAAAAUUGCUAGUGUUUCUUGUCA